AUGUAAAUUUUUUGAGGAUGAGGUCUCCUCACUACGUUUUGUUCAUUUUAGUUUCAUCGUUUCUUCGCCAUGACGUCAAAGUGUCAUCCAGCCCGGAGUGGGACAACGCAAUCUUCGCCUAUGAAAACGCGAGCAAUCGGUGCAAAGAAAUCACGGAUGAAUCUCCCGCACCGGAAAAGCAAGCUGCAGCCCAGGCCUGCGAACAGGCAUUCUUGAACCUAGAUGUCCUUGCGAUGAACCUUUGCCUCCGAUGGAGAAAGCCGAAAUGUCGUCAACUCCCAGACGAGCCUUACUACCAAUGCUCGAUCAAGGAUCCUAGCUGUGCAUUUCUCGAACCGAUACAAAGAGCCAGAACCUUAUACGAGUGUGCCUACAGAGCCGUGCGCGAAGCGGUGGCAAUCAGAAGCGGAGGCGGAGGUGUAGGCGGAGGCAGAGGCGGAGUUGGAGGCAGUCGCAGAGGAAGGCCGUCCCUGUCAUCCAGCGCUUCCCGGGGAUUGCGAGGGCGAGGGUCGCCUGGAAGAGGAAGAGGAAGAGGAAGAGGAAGGUCAAGAGGAAGACAAGAAACCGAUGGUGCGCGAAGCCCAACGUAUACACUUCCUCCAACUCCUGAGAAUCCUCAUAUCCCUGAUGACCCUACACUCGAACAUGAUCCUUCAUUCGACAUAGGUUAUUAUGGAACACCUUCGCGUGCGGUUGUACUUGCUGGUAGUGGUUCGAGCCGGUACCCCUAUGGGAGUCCUUCGCAUACCACCAUGAGUCCACCGAUAGGUUCAAGUUCGAGGUAUGAUAGUGGUGGUGCGAGCGGCUCUGGAAGGCGAAGCCCGACACCUUCCCUCCCUCCAUCUUCUGCAGAUACUUUGAUCGCUCAUGAUCCGACUCUCCCAUAUCAUCCCUCAUUUGGAGUUGCUGACUUCUCCACAGGGAGUCCUCGUCAGACAUUCUUGGGUGCACCGUACGGCAGUUUACCUCCUCCAGCUCCGAUACAACCAGGAAGUCCUCGUCAAACAUUAGGUUCAAGUUUGAGGUAUGGUAGUGGUGGUGCGGGUGGCUCUGGAAGACGAAGCCCAACACCUUUCCUCCCUCCAACUCCUGCAGAUACUUCGAUCCCUGAUGAUUCGAAUCUCCCACAUGAUCCCUCAUUUGGAGUUGAUGACUUCUCCACGGGGAGUCCUCGUCCAACAUCCUUGGAUGCAUUGUACGGCAGUUUGCCUCCUCCAGCUCCGAUACAACCCCCGAAUCCAGUCCAUGUACCACAAUCUCUCACUGGAGAUCCCAACUUUGGAGGUGAUGCGUAUGGAACUCCAUCAUAUGGUCAAGGACCAUAUUACACCACCACAGGUAAAGGCGGGUCCUCAAGUCGCUAUCAAGGAGUUGAAAGCUCCUCCGGUGGCGGUCAAGAGGAAGAAGAAGAAGGCGAAAGUGAAGAUGAUUCGGAUGAUGAAGGAGGAGAGGGUAACCCAUCAGCGACUGUAGCGCAAGGAACACCACAGGUGUGUCCCCAGUGCCACAGAUCUUUUACCCGCCCAAGAUCGUUCAAGGCGCAUAUGAGAGUUCACAAGUGGGUUGCGGAAGGCAAGUAUCGCUGCAAUGAUUGCGAUCUAAACUUGUCCUCAAAUCGCAACUAUAAGCAUCAUAUGCUUCUUUAUCAUGGCAUACAAGUAGAACCCCCAAGUGACCCCAAGCCUCACAAGUGCGACUAUCCCAACUGCAACAAAGCGUUCACAACUCCCAGGAACCUGACUGUGCACAAGAAAUCUCACGAGGAACUGUACAUCUGUCGUCGUUGUGGUAAAGAGCUCAGAUUACGGAAUAGUUAUUUAAAGCAUGAGAGAGAAUGCUUAAAGAGGCCGUCUUAAAAGUGAAAAUUUUGGAGAGCGAUCACAGAAUCCGGAAAUUAUGGACAUCACUUUCGUCUAUCAUUUUUGCGAAGUAAUUUUUAAAAGUGAAUUUGUUGAGCUAAAUGAAGAUCUACAUGAAUAAAAUCAUUAUGCUA